GGUUGGACCGCCUCGGUAAUUGGUCACCGGAGCGCUCCUCUCUCUUUCUCUGUUUCAGAUCGUCAUAGGAUACUCACGCUAGAUGCCCCAUAGAAACGCUCUAUUCUGUAUUAAUCUUGUAGCCGCUUGUAAGGGACCAGGAUCCUAACUAGUGCCAACCAUACGUAAAGAAAGAAGAAAAAUAAGAUCUCUGAUGACAACCAUCGAUGACAACAGUCUGCUUGAAUGUGGCAGACAGUUCGACAAGUGUUUGAUGACAUUUGUAAAUUUGUCAACAAAUACCUUUUUUGACUUGUAAUAACGAAUGAAAAUAUCGAAAAAUUAAACCUAAAUCAUAAAAGCUUAUUGACAAAAAACAAUGCUCAACUCAAAUCAUUUGAUCUAACUAUAGAUAUAAGUUUUUAAUGGAUAAUUGUGGUUACUCACAUAAUUUUAGGCAACUGUCAAAUUAAAUUGAAUUUUUAGAGUUCUUAUUAUUUAAUGAUAUGGUGUCUUUCGACGAGGUAAAAGUGGAGCUUGUAUCCGUGAACACGGAAAAGAAUUUGACAAACAAGGAAUCAGUUGCUUUUGUUGAACAGUUUGUCAAAGAAGUUUCAGACUUCAGUUCACAGUAUGGUAGCGACAACAGUAUUUCAUAUACAGCCUAUAAUAUUGCUGGGAAUCCAAGUAAAUUUCCAGAUUAUGGAGAUUAUCCACAAGCAUUUGUUAUGAGAACAUAUGGAUGCUGGUGGGAUGUAGCACCAUCUAGGCCCAUUGACUAUAUGCCACAGAAUAAUGGACCUGUGAUCAGUCAAGAUUAUAUAGAUGUUGAAUACUACAGAGAAGUCUAUCCAGUUAGAGUAUCUAUUUAUGAAACUUAUAAUCCUGGAAGUGUAGUUGCUAUAUGGGCCAGAGAUAAUAAUAGACGAUGGCACCAAUUAUGGAGCGGACCACCACAAAUAGUUUCUCGUAAACCAAGAAUAUUUUCUCCUCCAUUGCAGCUGUGUCAUUUUAAAACAAAAAUGAUACGAGUUGAAUUUAAUCAUAGUUUAUUAGACUAUUAUACUGAAGUAGAUGCAAUUCUGCUUAUUGGAACUUCUGAACUAAUUUUACCACAUAUUGGAUUCCAAAAUCGAAAUCUGAGUGCAUUACUGCAAGAGCUUGGCGAUACAACACACAAUAAUGAAGAUCAAUACAACCUCACGCCUGAUUAUUUAAAGAUUAAUCAAGAUUUGAAAAAGCUGAAGAAUACACUUGGCAAACAUUGUGUACUGUACAAAAGCAAAGUAAUGGAUAAAGUUCCUAUAGGAAAACUAGUAUCUAAGCUAGGAAUGCACUGUCAUUGUAUCCCACCAAUUGAUGAGGCAUUUAAUAGCUUGCAGCAUUUUCUACAGGAAGAUUUUCCUAAAUUAAUACAUGACAUUAAUCUUUCUGCAGCAUCUUCUUCUCUAACGGAUACAUCACCAUCUACGAGCAAUUCUAUAGAUAAUACAUGCGGCAGUUUUUCGAGUUUACCGGACGAAACUCUAUUGAAGAUCUUGAAAAACUUGGAUUUACAGUCUCUUUGUCGUUGUUGCAAAGUCAAUAGGCGUUUCAAUAAUAUUGCACGAGACGCUCUCCUUUACACAAGUUUAAAUCUAAAGCCAUAUUGGUAUUGCUUGGAUAUAGUUGCAUUAAACUAUUUAGCUCCACGCUGUCAAUAUUUACAGAAACUUGAUCUCUCUUGGUGUGGAAAUUAUGAUGCAAUAACGUCCUACGAUAUUAUAGAAUUCUUAAAUUCCUGUGGCAGUCAAUUGACUCAUUUAAGACUGAAUUCCUGUCAGUUCGUGAAUGAUUCGGUAAUCGAAAAGGUUGCAGCGGUUUGCAAUGACCUCAAAGAGUUAUGCUUACGCAACUGUAUAGCUAUCACCAAUCAUGGAUUUCGGCAGCUGACAAAACUUAAAUUUCUUGAACGUCUGGAACUGUACAGAACGACUAUUGAGACGUCUUCCUUGUGCGCGAUAUUAAAGCAGAAUCCACAAAUGCAUCAUCUUAAUUUAGCAGGCUGCAAUCAUAUUCCAAAUAUGGACGAAGUAGCAAUAGCAAUAGCAAACUCAUGUCCUCAUUUGGAAAGUAUUGAUUUCUGGAAAGCACACAGUCUCUCACCUAACGGGGUUCGCGCGCUUACUCGCUGCGUUCAAUUACGAGAAGUGGAUUUUGGUUGGUGUUUAGGAAUGGGAGCUCCUGGAGAUUCUCUUCGAGCUUUACUAAGCUCCUGUCGUUCCUUGGAAAAAGUCUUUCUGGCUGCAUUACGCGGUUUAACAGAUCGGGAUUUGGAGCCUCUACUGUCGUGUCAAAAACUACAACAAUUGGACUUAUUAGGAGCACGCUCAUUAACACCGGAUAUAUGUUUACGUUUUUUGUUGUGCUGCCCACAAUUACGUAUGAUCGAUCUCAGUUUUUGUGAGGCUAUUAGCGACAUUAAAGUUCAAGAGUGGCGUCAAUUAUAUCCUCAUGUAUCAAUUAAGCGAAGUUUUCAGACCAGUGGAUUCAAUUUUAUAUAAUCGUAUUUGAGAAAAUUAUGAGUAUGUUGCAUACGCCUUAGGAUUAGGAUUAAUUUCUGUAAGUCUCACAGAAAACAUAAAGGCCGACAAAAGUUCUAAUAAUAGAAUAACGAUAACUUUUUCAUUCGAAUGUUAAGAGAUGUAAGUUAUACUUUGUAAUGGCAUCUCGUUUAUGUUACUUUUACCUGUGAUCAAGCUACAAUAUUAAUUCUACUAUAUGAUGCCAUUCUUUCUUAUGGUUUUACAAUGUAAGAUGAUUCUGUGAAUGCGGAAUUAAUAUCGCAGUUCAAUUAUAGUAUUCAUUACAGCACAAGUUCAUUCUAUUGUAAUAAGAUUUUAGGUAAUAUUGGUUUUAUAAACGUGGUGCGAAUAUGAGCAUAUAUUUCAUAUCGAUUGACUGAUGUAGCUCUUUUAACACUGAGUAUAUUACAAACCUUAAAUAUAGCUAUUUAUGGAGGAUAUUUAA